AUAAAACUCAUAGAAAAGUUCGUGACAGAAGAAAUGGAAAAUACUGCAAUGAAGUUGGCCUUCUUUUUUGCUCUCUUGUUCUUCACAGCUGGUCUGGAGAAGAGAGUUGCAGAUGGAAGGGGACUCGUCGUAGAUUCAUUUAAAUGCAAGAUACAAGAGGAUUGUUACGAGAACUGCAAGUGCCAAAUUUGUGCAUGUGAAGGGAAAAAAUGUAUUUGUAAGGUGAAAAACGAUAACAGCGUCACGAAUGCUACUGCCAAUAGUACACCACACCAAACCAUCGAUCCUCCGUCUCUCACAUAUUAGAUUUCGGCCCUGCCCGUUGAAUGCGAC